UUGGCAGUGUUUGCCUCUGCCUCUCCAGCAAUGGGAGCGAUGUGCGUAACAUGCAGCGGGGAGCGGUGAUCAUCUUGAGCGCGCCGCAUCGCCGUGGAACCGCGCCGUGCGCACUCGAACACGGAGCCGCACCGAGGAGGCGCAGCGCCGCUCCCGCCGCGAGUGGCCGUGUGCUGAGACACUCUUGACGGGGAGGAGAAGAAGAAGAAGAGGGGAGACGUGUUGCGAGGGAAGGAUGGCAGCCCGUCAGUCGGUGAUCGGGGGUUAAUCGCCUCCCCCCCCUGUGUUUGGAGCCACUCUGACGCACCGGCAGGCGAAGCAGGAGCGCAUACAUUUUGGUUGUUGUUGCACAGCUCCCAGCCCUCUUCUUCUUUUUCAUUUUUAUUUUAUUUUAACCACAUCAGAACCGGACUAUCAAAGUGAGGAUUUCCGCACGACAAACGGGGAUGAAUGCGUGACUCCACAGUGGACAGACUAGGAGCCAGUGCGUGUCUCGGAGCUGAGGUGGAGCGGUCCCCUCUCCCUCUCCCGCCUGCACGGCUCCCUCUGUCCGCCGCGAAGCCUCCCACGCCAGGAUGCAGCUUCUCCGAGUUGCGUGGGCACUGACCGGAGCGGCGAUCUGCUGCUUCCUCCUCCUCCUCAUCCACUCCCGCCUGCUCAAAGAAGGCCAGCUGGCAGCCGGGACAUGUGAGAUCGUGACGCUGGACAGGGACAGCAGCCAACCACGGCGGACCAUCGCCAGGCAGACGGCCCGCUGCGCCUGUAAGAAGGGCCAGAUCGCCGGAACUACAAGAGCCCGGCCCGCCUGCGUGGACGCUGGCAUUGUUCGGAAAAAGCAGUGGUGUGAGAUGGUGCCAUGUUUGGACGACGAAGGCUGUGACCUGUUAGUCAAUAAAUCUGGCUGGACUUGUACACAGCCCGGAGGCCGAGUCAAAACCACCACGGCUCUAUGACGCGACAAGAGUCCCCCACGACCCUCUUGCACUAUGGAGAGCAUUGAUGACCCCUUGACAGACAGCCAAACACCAUCUACCACCAACCCCACCAACAACUUAACAACUCAACCCAAACCCUGGACCCACAAAGGCAGGAAGCGACACAAGAGCACCAGGGGCCUCAUGGAGGCAGCAAGGUCUCUUAACACAGCCAGAGACUGGGAAACCAGGGAGUGACUGUUUGAGGGAACAUCCUCCCCCCUGGACAAAGUACUCUCUGUAAAACAGUUCCUAUUUCCUGUGACUGGCUCCUCCGGGUUUGUGACUGCUCCCUCCUGCUACCUGUCGUUGGGUCAACAUGAUGCAACCACCUCCUCUCCGCUCUGUCUGCCUGCUCUGUUGAAGUUGGCAGUGCCCGCUCGUGCCACGGAGGAUCGGGACGCCACAGAUAAAUCCCAUGAAUGAUUGUUUUGGCUCAUCGGAACUCCUCUAUUUGGAGCAACUGCUUUGAAUCAAAGGAUUUCCCACACCUGUCUCCUCGCUUCUCUAGAACCGGAGUUCCAGAGCAUAGGACGGGAUCAUCUCAGACUAGACCCUGUUGCUUCUUACGAGGCCGUGAAUAAAAACAAAACCCAAACUGAGCGCUCUCUGCUGUGAAUAGGCCGUCUGCUGGAGUAAACCUCUCAUAUUUUUAUAGACCAAAGAGUAAAAACAACAAAUAUGAUCAUAUUAACAGAGUGGACCGUCUGGCAAAGAAACACAGAGACUUUGUGAACUCGCUGCUUGUGUCCCUGCCGACCACUGACUGCCCCACCCCCCCCCCCCCCUACAGAGACACGGUGCACAAGAGGACAAGCCCUGCAUCCAGCGGCCCGUGCAAAACAAAGGAGUACUUUUAAAAACUCCCAAGACUUUCUUUUUUUCUCAGACUAAGCCCACCACUGUAUUUUGGAACUGGAGAUAUAGGUACUACAUAUGUAUAACUGUGUAUCAAAGAAGAAAAAAAAAAAAAAAUGUACGAAAAAUCUGAGUUGCAUUUUUCAGUAGCUACGGUUGGGACAGCUCGCGGGAAGGAUUGUCGGGUUGGUCGCGGAUGAGGCGCGGAAAAUCUUAUCAGAGAAACGAUGAAUAUCUACAGAGAGUAUAAACGCUGUUGAGUCUGAAAAGGAGUGAAGAAAUGUCAUUAUAUGUAUUUUGAAAGGCCCUAAAAAGUUAUAUAUUUAACAGUUUUAUAUGUUGUACCUUUGUAGAGAAGCUUAUUGGACUUAAAAUGUGGUCACAAUGGCAGUUUAGUAGGAUGUGAACAAAUGCUGUUGUUCUCAUGACUGCUGGCUCGUAGUCCCAGGUUUUCUGUUCACACCUCAGUAGCCGCUUUCUUUUCAUUGUCAUCAACAAGUCUCUGUCCAUCAGAACCCUUCAUGGAGAAGAAAAAAAAAGCGACACAAUUUAUUGAGGACUGAUCUGCAGCCAACAGAAUGUUGUAAAUCUAUGGUAGUCAGUGGAAGCCAUUGAAAUCUGCUAAUUUGCUAUGAUAUUGUAUUGUACACGGUGUGGAAUACUGACUCAUUUCCUCUCUAUGGGUUUUGAUCUCUUAAUUUAUUUUUUUGUGCUUGUGUUUGUUCGCACAAAUCCGGCCUCUCUCUCCGACGCCGAGGAACACAGCCAGGAGAGAGAGAGACAGAGAGAGAGAGACAGAGGAAGCAGAGGAAGUGUUGCAGAAGUGUUAGAGUCAUUUACAUACAUUUUUUAUCAUGAAAUAUUUUAAGAAUAAAUUAAAUACAUGAAAAGAAAAUGUCCCCUGCAAAUGUAGAUGCUACCCGGUGUUCAAGGUCAUCAGAGGGAAUUGCCGUUUACCUCAUUCUGGAGUAUUGUGUGUGUGUGAGUGUGUGUGUGUGUGUGUGUGUGUUUGUGUGUGUGUGUGUUCUGUCCCGAAAGCGGUGACAAUAAAUGGAAGUUUCCUCUUUCUCUCCCAGGUGAUCUGCUGGGUUUACAACCAGUGGGGGAAAUAUAUGAGGGGGCAGGUGACGAGGCCCUUCAAUCAUUCCUGAGACCCAUUUAAUCAAGGUUAUCUUUAGCUGUUCCAGUGUCUAACAGGUGAUUGUCCUGGGAGGAUGCCAGGCGUCAGUAAGUGCGUACCUCGCUGGAGAAGAAUAACACAUCGAUCCAUUUUCAGUAAAAAACGUUCCUUUUAAUUUCUUGCAUUUUUCUUUUUGUUCUUUAAGCCUCAACAGCUGAUAUUGGUGCAUUUUCUUAAAAUCAGGAACCUGCACCAAAUGGUUGAGAUGCCAAUGUAGAGUAAAACUGCACUUUUGCACUUACCUGCAGUCACCAGUAAAAGGAAAUGAUAUGCAUCUUUUUGUUUGAUCAUCUAUUUGAACAAGAGCAAAGUCUAAACCCCAAAUUUUCUAUUUAUAAACAACAAAAAGGUUUUUGUGCACUGUAAUUUUUUUUGUUAUAUUCUGCCAAAUUACAAACACAUAGUAAUUAUUACCUGUUUACUUAAAUCGAGACUCAUUCUUUGGACAAAGGUUGAAGCAGCCCCAGUGGUUCCACAAUUGUCAUUGUGCUCAAUGUUUUGAUUUUGCGUCUUUUUGGAUCAACAUCACCAUUAUCAGCAAUAUCCCUCUCUUUGAUCAUUAUAGACAACCUGCAUUUUUUUAUUUUAGGGAUUUAAAUUUAGGACCUUACUGGUUGUAAGAUGAUUUAUAGAGAGACUUGUUGGAGACAGGAGUCACUUGACGCUCAAGGUCUUCACUCAAGUCUUCUCUCGUGUGCAAGUGGAACAUGAAAUGCGUUAAUACAUAAAACCUCACAUUUAUGCAUCAUGUCUGUCCGUCACACACCACACAAUCUCCCCUCUGACUUUUACACAAUGUCAAAAAUCACUUUCUCUUACAGUUGCGUUUUUCUUAAUUUCUUUUUUUUGGAUUUCAUCAUCAUUGACGGAUGUAAUUUUUGGCUGCUUGACUGAAACACGCUACACCAAAAAAUACUGCACAUUCAACCGGGCUUAUUAAACACCAAGUGCUGGAUCUGAAAGAUACACUUCAAACUAACUGGAAAUCACUUGCUAACAUUGCAACAUUAAAGCUAAAAACAGCCCAUAAUUUAGAUCACCCUCCAUAAUCUUCAUCUUCAAAAUAUAUUGUGGUAUAUACCGAACAAUGCAGCAACAAUGUCAACAUAUGUACAGCGCAAUAAGAUUGUAUUUACAGUAUUUACAACUGAAAAUGUUAAAUAUUACGGUAAUAAUCCCUGCUGCUAAUAAUUACCAGUAUCAUCUUAAUAUUAACUGACAUCUCAACCAGUUGGUAAAUCAUUUUUAAUAAAAUUGUUAUACAAUUAUCAUUUUUUUUUAUAAUUAUUUAUCCGGAAUUAAACUGCAUAAAAAAUAUUAUUAGCUGUUAGUAAUGUCAUCAUAAACAUUUGAAGUGACUCUGGGAGUCAUCUGAUAAGGUCUCGUUCUGAGAACAGCAGUCCACCCUGCAAAUGUUCCCCAGGCUUCACAUGCAUUCAGCUAAGUGCUGGAGUUGGCUCUCAAUUAGAUUUAAUACAUGAAAAUAUCACAACUCAAUAUUCUCAUGUUCAACAAAAAUGGAAAAGGACAUUAUAGGGUCUAAUCACCUCUGCUGUGGAGCGUCAUGUUGGGUUUGGGCCAAUCGCAGCACACGUUGCACACAAAACAACAUAAAGUUACUUGCAAGGGGUCAAGAAAAAAAAAACGUGCAACGCAAAAUCCAGUACAAUGUCGAAAUGACUCAUCGGGAUUUACGAAAGCGGCGGUUUCAGAAGCAGUGCGAGAAGAAUGUAAUUUCAAAAAAACUGCUGUGAGGAAAAAAUUGGAAAAACCACAUGGAAAAGAAAUUAAAAACGGGAUCAAGCUGUAACAGAUAUUGUAAUAUACAAAUUCCAGCGGCUGCAUUCAGGGCUUAAACAAUGAGCUCACACUCCCUCUGAUGGGGUCGAGAUGUGUUCUGUGCAAUAACAUAAUAUGAGAGAAAGUGUCCGUCGGAGGCAGUAAUCCGUAAGAGGAUGCAAUUAUGCUUUCCACGGGAUCCUUUUGUACAAUGAUGAAUGCUGUCAUGUGGUUUUCCAAUACUGUUCUCAAGGGCUAUUGAGUUCACUUCACUGGUUGCCACUCGAAAUCCCAAUAAGUGUAUUACUGUAGGCUCCAUGGCCAAGUAUGGUUAAUUGUUGCUUUGUGUAGUGCAGCUUUCAAACAGCAAUUUUACACGGUACACAUCCAGUGGACAAUACAUGUGAUUGAUUGAACCUAACAAGAUUAAAUGGUCAA